AAACAACUAAUGACUUUAGCGAUCGCGGUUCAAUAGACACUUCCUUUUGAUUUUCUUUAUUCUUGCUAGUUUAUCUCCUAUGGUCCCAUGUGACUGUCAUAUUCAUUGACGUCUUACCCAAGUAAGGUAAGGUAAGAAGUCAAUGGUCACGUUGCUGUUGUUUUCUGAUUUCUAACCUACAAAUUUUCCUGAUUAUCCAAAUUUGAAAUUUCAAAAAUGGUUUGUAAAGAUACUUUGAAGAUAAAAAACCUCCCGAAGGAAUUAUCGGAAGCACAGAAAGAAGAUUUUGCCAGGCAUUUCGGCGCAUCGAAGGUGAAAGUGGUAACUUCAAGAGUAAAGGAAAAAUCGGUUGUUUAUGCUAAGUUCGAUUCAGAAGAACUAGCCAAGAACGUUUUAUUCAGGCUGCAUCAAAUAUGUGUGUUGAACUGUCGGCUUAGCGUAGAGUAUGCCGAACACGAUAUCCUGCAGGGUAAGACCAAGCUGAAAAAGAUAGAUGAACCUGAAGUCAGUGGCAAGAAAUCCUACAAGACAUUCAUCAACAAACUCAAUGCCUUCAAUGACUCUCUUGGAUUUGACCAGCCUCCACCAUCUCACUUGAAGUACUUAUACCCUAAGCCUAACAGGGCCACUAUCAAUAAUAUUGCUCAUGCAUUGGCUACCAUACCAAGGUUUUAUACUCAGGUGCUCCAUCUGAUGAACAAAAUGAAUCUUCCACCACCAUUUGCUGUGGAACAACCUCCAGUUAGGAUCAUUACACCAGCUCAACCAGCUCCAGUAAUACAAAAACCUGUUGAGAGGACUGUUCCUCCUCCAGAAACUACACAAGUGCCUCUUCAACCCCCACCAAAUCAACAAAUUCCUCUACAAUCUCAGGAAGUGAAAGCAAAACCAGCUGAAUCAUCAUCAGAGUCCGAGUUAGAGAGUGAUGAUGGUGAUUACUUCAGGAAUAGGGAAUUUGUACCAGUGAAGCGAAAAUCCAAGUCAACAAAACCAGCAGUGAAAAGGCCAAAAUUUAUAAAACCACCUACUGCUCAGCAAUCCAGUACUUCUACAAAACCUGCUGAAAAACGUGAAAAUGUUUUCGAAAAGGUCGAUGUUCAAGUACAAAAGAAAAUAGAAGUAAAAGUAGCAUCAGAUACGUUAGAACACCCUAAGCAGCCUACAAUACCAGAACAGGUUGGUUCUAUUGGAAUACUUCAGCCCACACAAAAACCUGAAGAUCAGAAACCCCCUGAGUCACAACAGACCGAAGAUAGAUUAACUGAACCUGAGGAAAAGAGUUACAUCACUGCAGAAGAACUGGCUGCCAAUCAGAUUCCAAAUAAAGACCUUGGUGUGCUGCCUGUGUUCAAGAACUACCACCCAGGGGCUCCUACAUGUAGACUGUACAUAAAGAAUAUAGCAAAGACUGUUGUGGUUAAAGAUUUGGAGUAUAUCUUCAAUAGGUACAAAGUUCCUGAGAAGGAAGAAGCACCUAGCCAGUUUGAUAUUAGACUGAUGCAGGAAGUGUUCAAUGCAAUUAGCAUGUAUUGUUGUCCAUCUACAAAGUUUGCUGAGAUCUGUUCACCAACAUUUUUGCAAUGCAUUUGCCCCAUUUUUACAAUUUCCUACUCAUAAAUAUAUCCAACCUUUAACGGUGGUUGGUCGACCAACUGUAGGAUGAAAGGUCAAGCAUUUGUGACUUUCGAUAGUGUUGAAUUGGCGCAGCAGGCAGUAAAAGAGACUAAUGGCUAUAUCUUGAAAGAGAAACCUAUGGUGGUGGUAUUUGCCAGGUCUGCAGCUCAGAAGAAGUGAAUAUUUUCCACAAAGGAGCCAGUGUGGGCAUGUGUAUAGUUUUAUAGACUUUUCCAAUUUUUUACCGAAAACUUGGGCCAUGCAAUAUGCAUUCAAAUUUCAGGUCCCAAUGGUAUAUAUUGGAUGGGAAGUACGCGUUUCCCCCAUAAUGGUCUUGUGUAGCGCGAUAUUUAGAAUACAUUUGCAUGAGUUGUGAUAAUGUCCAUGUAUUUUGGGCAAUAUUUUCUAGAAUAUAAAAUACAUACACGUUUCAUGUA